CUGUACUUGCAUCUUCUUUUUCUUCGUGUGACUCCUUCCUCAUCCGUCAACGGUUGGCCAAACCACAUUCAUAAACAUCUUUUGAAAAAAGACUCCUGUAAACUCCUGUAAGUAUGCUUUCUCAACUGCAAACAUGCCAACAGUCAAAGAAUUGAGAAGUGAACUUAGGGCUCUCGGCCUGUCUUCGACAGGCAGAAAAGCUGCUCUCGAGCAGCGACUGAGACAGCCAAGGAGAAGUCAGCGACGUCGGAUUCGCAACUGUCAACACCCGACGGCCACUGCGAUGCACUCAUGGCAGUGAGAAUCGAAGUCGGGGACCCAUCCACAAUGAUUGAGCGUGCCGAAGAGGCCUUAUUGGACUCAGUUAACAAAGAGGAACUACAGUUCACCAUGGUCAACGGAAACCCAAUAGUCACAAAUACACGAGCGCUCAAAUACGCAGAGUCGCAUUUCAACAGACCGAUCCUCGAGGACCGCUUGAAUGCGACAGAAUCCCGCUUGUCCGCCAUGGAGAACAAACUAGAGUUAGCAGAAUGCCGUAUCUCUGACCUCGAGAGGUCAGUUUUCGAUCUUAAAGCUGUCAGAAACCGGUUCAUCAGCACUUACAAACGGGAUAUACUUUCCAACGACACCGAGAAAGAUAAGGUGGCCAUCAAGACUGGAAAUCAUUUUGUACAUGGAGGGGACUGUAAAAGAGAUGCAGAAUUAUAUGAAGCUCCAGCACUUCGUCGCGAUUUCGAUACCUACAUCAAGCUUUACGGCCUUCAUCCUGGAAUUGUCCGCUCUUCAAUUUCAUACCGUCCGACAAUUGACCUCCUCGAUAGACACGCUACUACUGUCGCUGACAAAAAUAUCGAGCUUCCUACGAAGUUUAACGACCUGUUUGUCAACUUCAUAAAGGCCCUUGAAACUUCAAAUUUUGAAGAAGACUAUCUCGCCAACCCAAAGUCAGAUGUUACAGUUGCAUAUUGGGCCUUUUUUCAGUCCUGCCCCUAGUAGUCUUUGCUGCGAUUAUAGCUCCUCGAUAACGAUGCCAAAACUACUUUUGAGAGGGACCACCAAUGUUGACCUAUUCCAUUCCUGCACCAUUAUUGUAUGUUAACUUAGUAUGACAUUCUUUCAUGCGCACCAUGCAUGAAUUUUGCAAGUCUUGCAGGGCAUUUCUACCACUUUGCUUGAUGGGGUUCGCCAUCCAAUGCAAGCUCAUGCCCUUAAUAACUUUGUAUUUGUAUUAGGAUUUGGAGUGCAAUAAAGAUAUUGCUGUUUUCUUUCG